CUUGAUUGGCUGCUGACGCCGUCAGGUGACGAAAGAGGCAGCUGAAAAAAACAGGCGGGAAGAAUGGCCCGAACCUGAGGGAGAUUUUGCAUCCUGAGGCGAAAGCACUGGAUUCUGAGAAGCGAAUGUGAUGAUGGCGUCGUCAGCCUCAGAAUACACCAUUGGUGGGGUGAAGAUCCUCUUCCCUUGCAAGGCGUAUCCUUCUCAGCUGGCGAUGAUGAACGCCAUUGUAAAAGGGCUGAACUCCAAGCAACAUUGCCUCUUGGAGAGUCCGACGGGAAGCGGGAAAAGCUUGGCCUUGCUCUGCUCAGCUUUGUCAUGGCAACAGGCACAAUAUGACAAACCCUUGGAUAACUUGUCGGACUCAAAGGAAUCCAAGAAGCCAGAGCCCUUAAUGCCAUGCCGCUGUGGUUGCCACGCUAGCCGCACAACUCAGAGCCAGGAUGGGACGAAGCAGGACCGAGGGGCCUCGGUUGCCUUCACCAAUUGUGCCCCCGUCGUGCCCACCAGCAGUGGAAGCGCAUCCAGAAACGAAGACUCUGUUUUAUCCCCUGCUGCUGGAAAGCACACAACGAAAACCACCCUUGCUUCCAAACUUUUUGCAAAAAAGCAGGCAUCUUUGCAGGAAGGGGAAGACGAUGAUUUUAAAGUUGAUAGGAAACGGAUUCGUUCCCUGGAAACUGAAGAGCAGGCUAGAAAACGACACCGGCUGGCUAAAGGGGUCCAGUUUGUUGAUGCCUUAGAAAUUUAUCAGCAGCAGAAAAAUGGGGAAUUGAUUGUGUCUUCUGGAAAAACUACACCUUCCUCUCUCAAAACACUUUCUGACCCUUGCAAUCAGUGUUCCUGUUCUUCUGCAGAGGAAAAAGGCAGAGACACUGCCGAUGCAAAGAAGAAAGAAAAUGGAGAGAGGCCGUUUAUCCCCAAAAUAUAUUUUGGAACCCGGACCCAUAAACAGAUCGCACAGAUCACACGAGAGAUGCGGAGGACGGCAUAUGCUGGUGUCCAGAUGACCAUUCUUUCUAGUAGGGACCAUACCUGUGUCCAUCCAACAGUGUCGACUUGUGGCAGCAAGAACGAAAAAUGUGUGGAGUUAUUGGAAGCCAAAAAUGGUACAUCUUGUUCUUUCUACCAUGGAGCCCAUAAGCUGAGUGAGCACCACCUCUUUCAGUUUGCCCAAAGGAAAUACCAAACCUGGGACAUAGAAGAUCUAGUGCGCCUGGGAAAGAAGCUCCGAGCGUGUCCUUAUUUUGCUGCUCGGGAACUUAUGGGGCCAGCGGACAUUGUCUUUUGUCCUUACAAUUACCUUUUAGACCCGCAAAUAAGAGAAAGUAUGGAAAUUAAUUUGAAGGACCAGGUGGUCAUUUUGGAUGAAGCUCACAACAUUGAGGACUGUGCCCGCGAAUCAGCCAGCUUCAGUGUGACAGAAGCUCAGCUCCAAAUGGCUAGAGAAGAGCUGGACGCCAUGGUCAACAACAACAUCAGGAAACAGGACCAUGAGCCAUUGCGUGCCGUGUGCUACAGUCUGACAAACUGGUUAAAGGAAACUUGUGGUCAGUUGAUAGAACGAGAUUAUGAGACAUCUAGUAAAGUCUGGAGUGGAAGGCAAAUGGUGACGCUCUUCCACACUAUGGGAAUAACAAAUGCUUCAUUCCCUUUCUUGCAGCGACAUUUAGCUGCUGUUCUGGAAAAAGAAGAAAAAGUACCCCUUUUCCAUGGAGGAGAAGAAGUAAUUUCUAUUCCGGUUAUCAGCCCUCCGACUCAGAUCGUCCUUAAAGGCCUAUUCAUGGUGUUGCAGUAUCUUUUCCGAGAGAACUACAGGUUUGCGGAUGACUACAGAGUUGCUUUGCAGCAAACCUACGCCUGGACAAAUGUGACUCCGGCGGAUGCUCCAGAUGCAAAAGGGUUUUUUGCCCGACUGAAAAGGAAGUCGCGACACAAAGUGCCAGUGCAUAAUCUCAACUUCUGGUGCUUGAAUCCAGCUGUGGCCUUCUCUGACUUGAGUGGAAAUGUGAGAUCCAUUGUUUUAACCUCCGGGACCCUUUCUCCAAUGGAUUCCUUUUCUUCUGAGCUUGGUGUGAAGUUUUCCAUUCAGCUUGAAGCAAACCAUGUCAUUCAGAACUCACAGGUAUGGGUCGGUACCGUCGGAGCUGGUCCCAAAGGCAGGUCUUUAUGCGCCACUUUCCAGCACACAGAAACCUUUGAAUUCCAGGACGAAGUGGGAGAGCUUCUGCUUUCGGUUUGCCAGACCAUCAGCCAUGGCGUUUUAUGCUUUUUGCCAUCAUACAAGAUGUUGGAUAAACUAAAAGAUCGCUGGCUGCACACUGACUUAUGGGAGAAGCUUGAGCUGAUCAAGACGGUGAUAGUGGAACCCAAAGGAGGAGACAAGGCUGACUUUGAUGAGCUGCUCCAAAUCUACUAUGAUGCCAUCAAGUGUAAGGAAGGGAAAGGUGGUGCACUGCUUAUUGCUGUCUGUCGAGGCAAAGUCAGUGAAGGCCUGGAUUUCUCAGAUGACAAUGCCCGGGCAGUUAUAACAAUAGGAAUUCCCUUCCCAAAUGUGAAGGACCUUCAGGUCGAGCUGAAGAGGAAAUACAAUGACCAGCAUUCAAAAGCAAGAGGACUUUUGCCAGGGAGCCAGUGGUAUGAAAUCCAGGCCUAUCGGGCUCUUAACCAAGCCCUUGGCAGAAUCGAGGAACAAGCCCUUGCUCAGACUGUGCCUUCCUUGCUUUCAAGUCAUACUCCAUGCAGGAUAAAACAUUCUUUUACAUGUGGCUUUAUUGUCACAUUUAAUAGGCCUGUAAAGUCUGGAUUAUCAAAAUGGAUUCGCCAGCAAAUCCAGCACCACGAGAACUUUGAUUGCGCCCUUGGUUCCUUGGAUACAUUCGCGAAAACGAAUCAGAAGGGAACAGGCCCUUCUCUAGAGAGCAAUGGGAGUGAUUCACUCAUGCCUUCUGCUCCAAAGGAUCGGUCCGCAAAUGCUUUCCUGGAGGCCACUCUUCAUCUCUCGUCAGGUGUUCCUGUUAAAGGCAGAACACGCAAUGCAGAACUGGAUCCAGAAACACUUUUUGCAGCCGACGUUGACACAGUUCAUCCAACAACAUGCGACAAACAUCCUCACUCAUCUCGCCAGAUGGUAAAGCAAGAACAUCGAAGAGACGCCAAACCCAGGAAUCCCACCAGAGAAAAAUCAAAUAGUCAGCUCACCUCUGGCAGUAUUCAACAGUAUUUCAGUGCAGCAUCAACAUCCACGCCUCUGCCUGCAGCGAGUAAGAAGUGUAGGGCCAAAACAAAAUGGCAUCCCAAGGGGCUGAUGGAUGAGACAAACCAACCUAUUGCAGUUGGUCCCCAGCAAGAUGUGGUCUUGGUUGAGGUCACUGGGCCAACUGGAUUGGAGCCGCAGAAGGAAACCGUUAGCUGUCCUUCUGGAAAAGAUAUCAGCUGCAUCGUGAUUGAGGAAUGUCCCACACAACAGCAGUCUCACACUCACAAAGACAUGGAGAAUGUGACAAGAGAAAACAUGGAGCCUUCGACAUCAGAUGUAGCUACAGAAACAGAUGCCGGUGAUGACAGUCUCUAUUUCACACCCGAACUUUACGAUGGUGGUGUUGAGGAAGAGGAAAAGGAAUGGCUUGCGACCCCGUGCAGUGACGCUGGGACCUUCUUUGAAACGGCAAACUCCAUUCUCGUUGAAAACACUGUUCCUGACCCAGUCGAGGAAGUGGCCAGCGUUAAAACGGGCGCGGGGUGGCAAGGCGCCAUGAUAAGUGGCGAGAAUAACGAAGAUGCAGUCAGAGCAGCCGGAGAGAGUCCUAGGAUAGGUCACAUUGAGCAGGAAGGAAAGGAAAGGAAAAGCAGACUUUCUCGAUCGCAGAAGAAAGGGCUGAAAGUGCAGAGAACCUAUAAACGAAGAAUCAGGCAGCGCAUCUAGGAAGGGAGGUGAACGCACCAGACAAAGGUAAAGCUAGAUUUAAGUGUAUGACAACAGCGGAAGCUUGCGCUUUCUCUCUGUUAACAAUGUAGCAUGAUGUUAUGAUGCAGCUUAAUUAAAAAAUACUUUGGGAGUAAUUUGAAAGUACAAGCCAUGAUUUGUAUUGUCAAAGGCUUUCAUGGCCAGAAUCACUGGGUUGUUGUAGGUUUUUCCGGGUUUUUUCUAGAACAUGGCCAUAUAGCCCGAAAAAACCAUACAACAACCCAA